AUGCUUAAAGUACAUAAUAAUCAACGUCAACAAUAUUUACAUUUAUCAUUAACACUAGAUAAACAAUUAGAUCAAUCAAAUAUUGUUAAUUAUUGUUUAGAAAUAUUUAUUAAAUCAACAAAUGAUUUUAUCACCAACUGAAUUAAUAGUCUUUAUUAUAAAUCGUUAUUAGUUAAAACAAUUAAAUUAAUAAAUAUAGAUCAAAGAGAACGUUAA